GCGGGAGGAGCGCAGUGGGCUCGGAGCCCGCGGGGGCGGAGCGGCGACACAGGCCGCCUGGAGACGUGCACACCCCCGGCCAGCGAGCGAGCCCGACCCGGGCGUCCAUGGGGCGCUGCCUCGGCCCGACCCCCACCCCGACCCGGACUUGGAUCGCGACCCCAGCCUGCGACGCGCGCCUGUCCUGACCGGGACUUGGAACUUGGCGAGAGUUGCGCGCGGCCCGCGGAGGUCCUGUGGUGCAUCAUGGCUGAACACCUCCUUCCCCAGGCGUUGUACCUGAGCAACAUGCGGAAAGCUGUGAAGAUAAGGGAGAGAACUCCAGAAGACAUCUUGAAACCCACCAAUGGGAUCAUUCAUCAUUUUAAAACCAUGCAUCGAUACACACUGGAAAUGUUCAGAACUUGCCAAUUUUGUCCACAGUUUCGGGAGAUCAUCCACAAAGCUCUGAUCGACAGAAACAUCCAGGCUUCCCUGGAAAGCCAGAAGAAGCUCAACUGGUGUCGCGAAGUCAGGAAGCUAGUGGCUCUGAAAACCAAUGGUGAUGGAAAUUGCCUCAUGCACGCUGCUUGUCAGUACAUGUGGGGUGUUCAGGACACAGACUUGGUCCUGAGGAAGGCGCUCUGCAGCACGCUCAAGGAGACGGACACACGCAACUUCAAAUUCCGCUGGCAACUGGAGUCUCUGAAAUCUCAGGAAUUUGUGGAGACAGGGCUUUGCUAUGACACUCGGAACUGGAAUGAUGAGUGGGACAACCUUAUCAAAAUGGCAUCCACAGAUGCCCCAGCAGCCCGGAGUGGACUUCAGUAUAAUUCACUGGAGGAAAUUCACAUAUUUAUCCUCAGCAACAUCCUCAGAAGACCCAUCAUUGUCAUUUCAGACAAAAUGCUAAGAAGUCUGGAAUCAGGUUCCAAUUUUGCCCCUUUGAAAGUAGGUGGCAUAUACUUGCCUCUCCACUGGCCAGCCCAGGAAUGCUACAGAUACCCCAUUGUCCUCGGCUAUGACAGCCAACACUUUGUACCGCUGGUGACUCUGAAGGACAGUGGGCCUGAAAUCCGAGCUGUUCCACUUGUUAACAGAGACCGAGGAAGAUUUGAAGACUUAAAAAUUCACUUUUUGACAGAUCCUGAAAAUGAGAUGAAGGAAAAGCUCUUAAAAGAGUAUUUGAUGGUGAUAGAAAUCCCGGUGCAAGGCUGGGACCACGGCACGACACAUCUGAUCAAUGCUGCAAAGUUGGAUGAAGCUAACUUACCCAAAGAAAUAAAUCUGGUAGAUGAUUACUUUGAACUUGUCCAGCAUGAGUACAAGAAGUGGCAGGAGAACAAUGAGCAGGGGAGGAGAGGGGCACAUGUGCAAAACCCUUUGGAACCUUCCACGCCCCAGCUUUCUCUCAUGGAUGUAAAAUGUGAAACACCCAACUGUCCUUUCUUCAUGUCCGUGAACACCCAGCCUUUCUGCCACGAAUGCUCAGAGAGGCGGCAGAAGAACAAAAGCAGACUUCCAAAGCUGAACUCCAAGCUGGGCCCCGAGGGGCUCCCUGGCAUGGCACUUGGGGCCUCUCGGGGAGAGGCCUAUGAGCCCUCCGUCUGGAGCCCCGAGGAGCCAGCUGGGGGGCCUCAUUCAGCCCCGCCAACAGCCCCCAGCCUUUUCCUGUUCAGUGAGACCACUGCUAUGAAGUGCAGGAGCCCUGGCUGCCCUUUUACCCUGAACAUGCAGCACAACGGAUUUUGUGAACGCUGCCACAAUGCCCGGCAGCUCAAUGCCAACCAUACCACAGACACCACGAGGCAUUUAGAUCCUGGGAAGUGCCAAGCCUGCCUCCAGGAUGUCACCAGGACAUUUAAUGGGAUCUGUAGUACUUGCUUCAAAAGGACUACAGCAGAGACCUCUUCCAGCAUCCCUCCUUCCUGUCACCAGCGCUCCAAGUCUGACCCCUCUCAACUCAUCCAGAGUCUCGCCCCGCACUCUUGCCACCGAGCUGGAAACGACACCCCCUCUAGCUGCCUCUCCCAGGCAGCACGGACUCCAGGGGACCGGCCAGUGACAAGCAAGUGCAGGAAAGCUGGCUGCAUGUAUUUUGGGACUCCAGAAAACAAGGGCUUUUGCACGCUGUGUUUCAUCGAAUACAGAGAAAACAAACAUUUUGCCGCUGUUUCUGGGAAAGCCAGUUCUGCUGCCUCCAGGUUCCAGAACACUGUUCCAUGCCUGGGGAGGGAAUGUGGCACGCUGGGAAGCACCAUGUUUGAGGGAUAUUGUCAGAAGUGCUUCAUUGAAGCUCAGAACCAGAGAUUUCAUGAAGCAAAAAGGACUGAAGAGCAACUGAGAUCCAGCCAACGCAGAGACAUGCCUCGAACCACACAGGGCACCUCAAGGCCCAAGUGUGCCCGGGCCUCCUGUAAGAACAUCCUGGCCUGUCGCAGUGAAGAACUCUGCAUGGAGUGCCAGCAUCUCAGCCAGCGUGUGAGCCCCACAGCCCACCGGGGUGAGCCCGCCCCAGAAGAGCCCCCCAAACAGCCCUGCCGGGCCCCUGCCUGCGACCACUUCGGCAAUGCCAAGUGUAACGGCUACUGCAAUGAGUGCUUUCAGUUCAAGCAGAUGUACGGCUAAGCAGAAACAGGAGGACUGGCCCAGCAAGAGGGGCCUCAGGCCACCAGCCAGCAUGGUGCUAUACUCCAAACCCCUGGAUACCACUGCAGGAACAAGCCCUUGACAGUGGCCUUGAGGCUGUCUUUGACCAAGGAAGGAAAGAUAAGCUCUCAUCAAGCCCGUAAUGCUCAGGUUUGAUAACCAGGGAUCUCCCCACGUGGCCUCAGAGCAAAGCUUAUGACGGGUAGGUCAUGAUGUCAGAUUCAGCCCAAGACUGCUGCAAGCAGAGGACUGGGAACUCUUUGGACAUGGAAUGUGUGCUGGAACUGGUGACAGCCCCUGCGCCUCACCUGCCGAGACUGCUUCAUCAUGCAAGAAACAGGGAAAGACAGGCAGACUAGCAGGUUGGGAGACCCUGAGCCACCCCACCACCCUCUGUCAGCAUUUCUGAAAGAUGUGAAGUGGAAUCCUCCCACACCAGGCCCUCUGUAAGAAGCUCGAGGAACCUCAGGGGGAAUGGACACAUCGAGAACGUCAUGCUUAGUGGUUUUCCCCACCUGCCUAGUUCACUUCCAAGGUUCUGCCGAAACACAGAACCAGGCAUGGACUGUGAUUCUGAGGCUGCUGACAUUGAACUUAUUCACAUGGAAGAGAAAACGAGCUGCUCUUUACAAUGUACACCUUUUAAAAAUCUGAACAUUCUAGUGAGAAUAAAUAUGACCCUGGGCUAUCCUUAUCUUCACUUCUAAAAAGGUUAGCUUGAACCAAGGUGUGUGCAAAAGUGUGUGCAUAUAUAAUAUACCCUUAUAUAAGAGGGAACUUCUUAAUUUCGAAAUGCUGCCCUACAGAUAGAAGUAGGAAGACUGGUUAAUAAUAUCCUAUUUUCUGGUUGUUGUACACCCUUUGUGUACACAACUCAUUACAUGAACUCAACAAGCUCCCAUCUUAAAGGGAGCCCUCGAGUCACUUUAUUUAUUGCAAACUUCAAAGUUAUUUAAAUAAAGAUGUGUCUUCUGCUCUGAGGAAAAUGCUGCAGUGUCUUCUUGGGGUACCAUAUUUUGCUUUAGGUCAUUUUCUGGAACGUGGCAAGCUCCUGACCUCAGUGAGGGAGGUGUCCUCUUGCAGUGCGCUUUGCUCGUUGCCUCCCUAGGAAAGAAGGAAUUGCUUUAACAGAAAUUCCAGUAGACUCUCAUACCCCUUCUUAUGAAAGCCCAGCCAUACAAUAAGAAACUUCUGUGUUCUGUAGAUGCUUCUGGAGAGAAGAUAGGGAAGGGCUAUGGGCCAGAAUGGAGAGAAAAGAGAUGACUUUUUGUGAUGGUUUGCUUGCUGUAUUAAUGCUGUGUCCUGAGUCCUAGGUGGGGAAAGUGUCCAGUGACACUUCAGCCUUGGGAUAGCAAAAUACAGUAACUAUGAGGAUGAGGAAAUUUCUUUCUGUCGUUGCCCUGCAGUUUCUCUAUGUGCUUUGUGUUAAUGUCAUGUUUGUCCUUAGAAAAAUGAAUGGAAGUGCAUUUUCCCCAGAAGUAAAGGCUGACAUUUUGGGGAUCUGAACCUAAGUCCUGAAAAUAUUUGUGAUCUAUAA